AUGGAAUAUGGAAAAGAAGGUUACAACAUUCCUCCCCAUCUACAUCUCGUUGAUCAGACGGCGGGGUGCCUGUUUAGGUCGAUUACUUCGACGCGGAGCAAAUGGCACAGGAGUGGAGACCGGAGCAGCAGUCGUCGNAAUCGUAUGCAGACUGCGGGUCGGUCUGCUUGCCAAUGCAAUAUAAAUAUUCCGAAAAUGCCUACGGACAGUUUCAAAAUCCCAGCCGUACCGUCUUCUCGGCCUUUAUGUUCAAAAGCAAACGCCAGUGACAACAAAGACCAGACUUCUUCAAGACUUGAAUUGAAACGUGACGAUAAAAAGAAGACUUGGUCACUAUCGGACUUCGAUCUAGGACGACCGCUCGGUAAAGGGAAAUUCGGCAAUGUGUACUUAGCCCGUGAAAAAGAAUCUCACUAUGUCGUCGCAUUGAAGGUUCUUUUUAAAAGCCAAAUCUUGGAUUCAGAAAUAGAGCACCAAGUACGCCGUGAAGUUGAAAUCCAGUGUCGACUACGUCAUCCGAACAUCUUACGCAUGUAUGGAUACUUUCACGAUGAAAAACGAAUUUAUUUAAUAUUAGAAUACGCGAAACAUGGCGCCCUUUACAAAUUACUGAAGGAACGCGGCCGAUUUGAUGAAAAAACCGCUGCAAUUUACAUUCGUGAUUUGACGAAGGCCCUUAUUUAUUGUCAUACCAAGAAAGUUAUACAUCGUGAUAUAAAACCGGAAAAUUUAUUGAUUGGUCACAACUGGGAACUUAAAAUUGCUGAUUUUGGCUGGUCCGUCCACUCGCCCUCAUCAAGACGGAUGACAUUGUGCGGAACAUUAGAUUACCUGUCACCAGAAAUGAUUGAAGGAAAACCCCAUAAUUAUGCAGUAGAUAUUUGGAGUUUAGGGGUUUUGUGCUACGAACUGCUUGUUGGAUUGCCGCCAUUUGAUGCCAAGGACUCUCAUCAAACUUACAGAAAAAUUAGAUAUGUCAUAAUUAAAUAUCCCGAAUAUAUUUCUGAAAAAGCCAAAGAUUUAAUGGGAAAACUUUUAGUGAUCGAACCUGAAGAGAGGUUGCCACUAUCAAAUGUCUUAAAGCACCCGUGGAUUAUAGAGAAUGCUCCUGAAGGUGCUCAUCCACCAUUAAUGAACUCUGAGCAAAAAUAACAUCUGCUGUUGUU